AUGUUAAUCGUCACCUGUGCCACAGAAGUGCCACCGAAUGCCGAUCUCGAGAAGGAAGGACUCGAUGUGAAACUUCCUCGAGGAUGGUACCGUAUCGGUGUACAAACGAUUCGCAAUGAUCAUUCAUGGUUUCACCUCUAUCGACGACGAGCCACAGGGACAGGAUAUUGGGAUUUUUACACAAAUAUUCCUGAACGAAACUGCAUAGGGGGAUUUGGACUUCACGCAGGGAAAAAUAUGGCAGCGACGGUGACCGUAAAGGAUCCCAACUGCUUUUCGAAGCUCGCUGAUCAGAUCGAAAAGAAAUCGACAAUCGAGAAGUUCGACGUUCAUCAAUGCCGAAACUGCAUAUUUCACAGUUGCUGGCUUGGUACUCGGAUAUUGCCUGCAGCUCGGCAAUACACCACCAAUCUAAGAAGUUACUAA